CUCUAUUCCUUUCCGUUCCCAAGCUCCAUCAACAUAAACCAAACCCUAAAUGAUUUUUUCUCUUCUCUGAUUCAUGAAGACAGAGAGUAACGGCCUAACCGAGACCUCACCGUUCGGUGACCAGAUCUCCUGCGGAUUCUUCGAUCAGUUCAUCGCGGACGGAUGCGGAGAUCAAAGGAGCUCAGCGUUGGGAUUCAUGGAGAUGCUAGGGUUUCAGGAGCUCUCUCCUCACCCUCUCUUCGAUCUCCCGUGCUUACCGCCGGAAACAUCGGAGGUGGUAAACUUACCGCCGACCCCGAACGAAUCCUCGAUCUCUUCAUCGUCCACCGAGGCUCCGAACGAGCCCGAUCUGGCCAAAGGAGCGGUGACCGCACCCGACGGCGACGUGGACGACGAUGAUUUGGGAAAGGAGGCCAAAGAAUCGUCAACGAAGAAAAAGAAGGGGCAAAAGCGUCAACGGGAGCCGCGCUUCGCUUUCUUGACGAAGAGCGAGGUUGAUCAUCUAGAAGACGGUUACCGAUGGAGGAAGUACGGCCAGAAGGCCGUUAAAGAUANAUCCGACGGCUGGCGCCUCGGCCCGGGAUCACGGGCUUCUUCAGGACCUGAUCCCGAAGUUUGA